AUGUAAAGGUUGUCAUUUGUCACAACUAAUAGUCAUUCAACUCAUGGAAAUUCUCUUCCCAUGUACAUUUUCUCCCUGGCAGUGGACAUGGCUGAAUCCUUACAAGAAGCAAGCAGAUGUCCCAUCUGCCCAGCAUAUCUUGAAAGACCAAUGCACCUGAAAUGUGGAUGCAGCUUCUGCCUCAACUGCAUCAAUUUAUUGCAGAAGGAGCUCCAUGGAGAGGAUUUCUUUUGCUUCUUCUGCCCUAUUGUCUCUCAGAAGAAUGACAUCAGCCCCAAUCGGCAGCUGGGGAAGCUGGUGUCCAGUAUCAAGGAGCUGGAGCCCCAACUGAGAGCAGUUCUGCAGAUGAACCCACGGAUGCGGAAGUUCCAAGUGGAUGUGACCUUGGAUGUUGACACAGCUAACAACUUCCUCCUCAUUUCUGAUGACCUCAGGAGCGUCCGAUGUGGGUGGGACAGACAGAAUCGGCCAUCGCUUGCCCAGAGGUUCGACUGUGCAGUCUGUGUCCUGGGCUCCCCUCGCUUCUCCUCUGGCCGCCAUUACUGGGAGGUGGACGUGGGAACAAGCAUAGAAUGGGACCUGGGAGUUUGCAGAGAAUCUGCUCCCCGACAAGGACGGAUCCGACUGACCACAGAGCUGGGAUUCUGGACUGUGAGUGCGAGGGCUGGAGGCUACUACUCUGCCAGUUCAAUGCCUCCAGCUGCCCUCUGUGAUGACUUUAGGUUCCAGCGAGUGGGGAUUUUCCUGGAUAUGGGCAUGGGAAACGUUUCCUUUUUCAACUCUGAAGAUGGUUCUCACAUCUUUACAUUCACGGGAGUUUCUGCUGAGGAGCCACUGCGCCCAUUUUUUGCCCCUUCAGUUCCACCUAAUGGUGAUCAGGGUGUCCUGAGUGUCUGUCCUGUGAUGAGUCCGGCCACUGCCAGGUCUCCAGUCCACCCUGGGUAG